AUCACACUCAAAAACCCAUAAAAUAUCAAAAUCUCAACGAAAAUACUCAUAGCAAAGAAGAAGAGAUUAUGGAUCAUCAACAACAAAAUUGCGGAAGAUCAAGAAGAAAGGUUUCACUGGUUGAAAGAGACGAGUUCUUCAACAAAAUUCUUUCAAGAAACCCUUCUCUGGGUUACUCUUCCCGGGUAGAAUACUACCGGAGCUCCGAAGGGGUACCCUUCAACUGGGAAAAGCAGCCGGGAACUCCUAAACACCAACCAAUACACGACACUCUUCCUCCUCUCAGCCCUCCGCCGGCUCAGCUAAGCUUGGCUUUACCUAAACCAUGCAUUAACUUUGACGAUCCCAAGCCGCCAUUGAUGACGAAACUCAAGUUCUGGAAGCAAAAAAAGAAGACCCACGAAGGCAUUAAGUGGGUUAAAGCAGCAGAUGCAAAGUCCAACGUGAUGAUGGUCAACGGCGAAGACGAUGAUCAUAAGUUGAUGAAUUUUUAUGAGAUUUGUAGCUCUGAUGGUGAUCAUGAUCAUCGGUUUUCUGGUAAUAAUUGUUCGAGCUCUAAUUCGUCUUCGUCUGAGUCGUUUUCUUUCUCUGUUAACGAGAAUUCUUUGAAAUCAUCGUCAAUGGUAGGAAGUACUCAUGAUGACGAUGAUGAUGAUGAUCAUGGUCAUGAUGACAGGCAUGAUAAUGAUGUAGAUGAUCAUCAUACAUGGCAUAAUCUUCAUGGUUGUGGUCCUUGGACUUCUGUUCUUGUUCGGGCUGUUAGGCGAGAAAGAUAAUUAAGCAAC